AUGGCUGUCCAGGAACGGCCAAUUUUGACUACGUUGGAUAACUGUUCUAGCUUCUCGCAAUGCCGCCAACGAUAUUCCAGAGUUGGCGCAGUUGCGAAGUUCUUUUAUGCUUCUGGAAAAACGGCAAGGAUAAGCGGUAUGACGCGAAAAAAGGCAAGUUUCCAAAUGCGCAUGCCAUUUCCAUCAGCAUUCCGAGGGGAUGGAGAACGGGACGGGAUCAAACAAAAUCAUGCCAUCGAGUCCUUUGCGCGGCAAAGGGACCAAGAGAGAAUCAUGAUUCCGGAAGACCCGUCUAAACGAUUUUCAUCAGAUUUUGGUGCUGACACAGAUCAAUCAAGCUUUUCUCCACCAUUUCGGGAAGAUGAUUCGAUGGGCUCAAAGGAAACCAGCAAAAGGUUUCUGAGCUUGGUCGCUCAAAAAGCCAUGAUGUCUGGAUAUCAAGCUAGGGAACUGGGAAAAGGCAAAUUUUCUUUGACCCAACGCCAGUCGGACCCUUGUCGAUACGGAAACCCGCUGGCUCGACGAGGAGAGGCGAGUGGGAGAGAAAGGGCUUGA